AUGAUCCUGACCACGAUCAUCGCUAACUGCAUCGUCCUGGCGCUGGAGCAGCACCUGCCGGACGGAGACAAGACCCCCCUGUCAGAGCGACUGGAGGAGACGGAGCCGUACUUCAUCGCCAUCUUCUGCUUCGAGUCUGGGAUAAAGAUCUUGGCGUUGGGGUUCGCGCUUCACAAAGGCUCGUAUCUGAGGAACGGCUGGAACGUCAUGGACUUCGUGGUGGUACUCACGGGGCAGACAUCAGUCAGACAUCAGUCAGACAUCAGUCAGACAUCAGUCAGGCAUCAGGCAGAAUCAGUCAGACAUCAGUCAGGCAUCAGGCAGACAUCAGGCAGGCAUCAGGCAGACAUCAGUCAGACAUCAGUCAGGCAUCAGGCAGACAUCAGUCAGGCAUCAGGCAGACAUCAGUCAGACAUUCAGUCAGACAUCAGUCAGACAUCAGUCAGGCAUCAGGCAGACAUCAGUCAGACAUCAGUCAGGCAUCAGGCAGACAUCAGUCAGGCAUCAGGCAGACAUCAGGCAGACAUCAGGCAGACAUCAGGCAGGCAUCAGGCAGGCAUCAGGCAGGCAUCAGGCAGACAUCAGGCAGACAUCAGGCAGACCAUCAGGCAGACAUCAGGCAGACAUCAGUCAGACAUCAGGCAGACAUCAGGCAGACAUCAGUCAGACAUCAGGCAGACAUCAGGCAGACAUCGGCACGGUGGCUGA